CAAAAGUCUAAGCGUAAAUCAUGAAUACUCUCUCACACACACAGCCUAAUUUGAGGCAUUCUUCUUCUUCUUCUUCUUCCCCAUCCUUCCGCCAAUUCACAGCGUUUCUUCCAUGGCGGCGACAACCUCAAUCAAUACACGCACCCAAACAACGCGCAACCCAUGCUUCAAUAUCAGUGCCUCACUUCUCCAACAACUCUGCGCCUGAACUCGGCAAGGAACAACCAAAAUCACCAGCAAAUCCAGCUGCUCUAACUCCUCUAAACUUUCUUGAAAGAGCUGCCCUCGUCUACGGCGACUUCCCUUCCAUUAUCUACAACGACAUCACUCGCACGUGGUACGAAACACGCAUCAGAUGCCUCAAACUCGCCUCUUCCAUUGCCGCCCUCGGCAUCAACCCCGGCGACGUCGUCUCCGUGGUGGCGCCCAACAUCCCCGCCAUGUGCGAGCUCCACUUCGCCGUUCCCAUGGCCGCCGCCGUCCUCAACAACAUCAACCUUCGCCUCGACGCCAACGCCAUCUGCAACUUGCUCCGCCACGCCGACUCCAAGCUCGUUUUUGUGGACUCGCAAUAUGCAGCUCUCAUCUGCGAAGCCGUUUCGCUUCUUCCGCCGCAUCACCGCCGCCCCGUUUUAGCCCUCAUCAGAGAAGAUGGCUGUGAUAUUGAACACAGUUCGUUUGAUCUUGAUUACGAAAGCAUGGUGGAAAACGGCGACGCGGCGUUCGAGUGGGUCCGGCCCCGCAGCGAGUGGGACCCAAUGGUGCUGAACUACACCUCCGGCACGACCGCGGCGCCCAAGGGGGUGGUGCACAGCCAUCGCAGCGCGUUCCUACAGUCGUUGAACACGUUAUUCGAAAGUUGUGUGCCGCAGCGGCCGGUGUACCUGUGCACUGUGCCGAUGUUCCACUCCAAUGGAUGGAGCUUCCCCUGGGGUAUGGCGGCGGUCGGCGGCGCCAGCGUGUGCCUCCGCCACGUCGAUGCGCCGUCUGUAUACCGAGCUUUGGAUGAGUACGGAGUGACGCACAUGGGCGGCGCGCCGGUGGUGCUCAAUAUGUUGAGCAACUACACGAGGAGCAAGCCGUUGAGCACUCCUGUCCAUGUCUCGGUGGGCGGAGCGCCGCCGCCAGCGGCCGUGCUUGGGCGGGCUGAGUCAUUGGGGUUCAUUGUGACUCACGGGUAUGGGCUAACGGAGACGCUAGGCGUUGCUGUGAUAUGCGCGUGGAAGCCAGAAUGGGACCAUUUACCAGGGUGCGAGAAAGCCAGGCUCAAGGCAAGACAAGGAGUUGGAUCUAUUUGCUCCCCUGAAGUUGACGUGGUGGACCCAAACUCCGGCGAGAGCGUGGCCCGCGACGGAUCGACGAUAGGGGAGGUGGUGCUGAGAGGCAGCACUUUGAUGUCAAGGUAUCUUAAUGAUCCAGAGGAAACGUCGCGGUGUAUGAGAGAGAAUGGGUGGUUUUGGACGGGAGACAUUGGUGUGAUGCACGAAGAUGGAUACUUGGAGGUGAAGGAUAGGUCCAAGGAUAUCAUAAUUUGCGGCGGAGAAAAUGUCAGCAGCGUCGAGGUCGAGGCUGUUCUCUACAGCCACACGGCCGUGCAUGAGGCGGCGGUAGUGGCGCGGUCGGACAGUUACUGGGGAGAGACGUUGUGCGCGUUCGUGAGAUUGAAGGAGGAGGCGGAGAAGCCAUCGGAGAAGGAUAUUAGGGAGUUCUGUAAGGAGAGAUUGCCGCUUUUCAUGGUGCCGAGGAUGGUGGUGUUCAAGGCGGAGCUGCCCAAGACGUCUACUGGAAAAAUUCAGAAAUUUUUGCUUCGAGAUAUGGCUAAGGAUUUCUGAUAAUUUUAUCUAUAGAGGGUAAACUCGCGACCAAACGUAACUUAAUUUGUAACUAGCACGCUCGUCCCGUGCGAUGCACGGUGAAUACUGAAA